AUGACAACACCUGAUAUUUCUGAAUAUUCUUAUUUAUAUUUGUUUGAUGACGAAUAUUAUUCAAUAAUUGCUUUAGAACUAAAAGAAGUUGAUGAAAUUCAAGCAAUUAAAAUAUCACAUGAAUGGGAUAACGAAGAUA